AGAGUAAAGAUGGGCAACGGUGCUGCAAUCCCUGAUGGUCCUCCAAGGAGGAUCGUGUUGAUUGGGAAAACUGGUGUUGGGAAGAGUGCUGUUGGCAACACCAUCCUGGGCAGAGAGUUCUUUAAGUCUAACGUGAGCUCAGAGUCAGUGACAGAGACCUGUGAGAUAGGAAUCCUUCCAGAUUGUAAAAGAAGGAUCACUGUGGUCGAUACACCUGGUCUUCUAGAUACAUCUAAAAAUGCAGAUGCCAUAAAGAAAGAAAUCGCAAAAUGCAUUCAGAUUACCACUCCCGGCCCUCACGUCUUCCUGCUGGUCCUUCAGAUCGGCAGGUUUACCACUGAGGAGCAAAACUGUGUGGAUGCCCUUGAGAAGCUGUUUGGACCAAAGGCAUCAAACUACAUGAUCGUGCUGUUCACUCAUGGUGACAAACUGACUCAGCAGGGUGUAACCAUAGAUCGCUAUGUGGAAACAGGCCACAAGAAGCUGAAAGAGCUGCUGCGCAGAUGCGGUAACAGACAUUAUGUGUUUGACAACAGUAACAUCAAGAACAGAGCUCAGGUUGUUGAGCUGAUUAAAAAGAUUGAUGAGAUGGUGGCAGCAAAUAAAGAAACUUACUACACUGAUGAGAUGUUUGAGGAGGCAGAGAAGAUCCUGAAGCAGAACAAGGAUAAAGAAACCAAACAGUUGGCUAACAAUGAACCCUUCAUGUCUGAGGUCAGGAAAAAAGUCAUUUUGUUUCAGACGAUCUUGGCCAGGGAGGAGGCUGACUAGGACCACACUGAUCAUACCUGCAACUCAAACAUGGGACAUCGUUCUAAAUAUU